AUCGCAGAGGUCAAUCGAAUGGAUUUAUUGGCAGUCGAUGAAAAGUACAAUGUCAAUCUGGAACCAGCAAUGUAUAAAUAUUUAGGACAAAUCAAGCCAGAGAAAGAUAUUGCCACAGACAAAUGUGGACCAAUCGCAACAACUUACGAGGACAUAAUGUCCUUCUUAGGAACAUUAGAAAAUGAUACACCUGAGAAUGACAUCAUUGCCAAUAAUGCCACAACUGUAAUCUCAUCCUAUCAAAAUCUUAAUAGGUACGACGUGCAAACUCUCAGUUGUCAUCAAGACGAUUUAGAAACCGCAAAAUUACAACUUGAGGAAAAAAACGCGACGAUAGAAUGUUUGAAGAAUCAAUUAAAAUCUGAGCGCAAAGCGGCAUGUGAUAAAAUGGCGUCACAAAAACACUGUCAUGCUACCAAGACGAAAGAGUUAGAGAACAAGUAUAGGACGAUCGUGGAACGUCAUCAGAAAUUUAUUGAACAGUUGAUUUCCGAGAAAACAGAUCUCACGCAGAAAUGCGACUCUCUCGCCAGACAAAUUAAAGAAAUGGAACAGAAGAUUCAGCGAGAUAUAAAAGUAAUUACUGAGAGGCAUGCCGUCGAGCUGCAACGUGCGAAAGAAAAUAUGGCGGCGUCUGAAAAGAUCCGACGCGAACGGUGGCUGGAGAUGAAAACGUCAAAAAUCAAAGAAAUGACAGUGAAAGGCCUGGAACCAGAGUUGCACAAUAUGAUGGAACAACAUCAACAGGAAAUCCAGGAAUUAAGACGCGCGCAUAUAAAAGAGUUACAGGAUACAGAGUUACGUGCAAUGCGUAGAUCGAAUCAACAGCUGGAGCAAUUACGAAUCGAAUUGACAGACAGUCACGAGAAAAUGUUGGCCAAAGAGAAAGACAUAUUGACGACAAGAUACAAGGAAAACUUGGAAGAGCAAGAAGUGCAUUUUCAGAUGCAACAAAAAACAUUCACAGAACAUUUUGAAAGAGAGAAAUCAGCACUCAUUGCAGAACAAAAGAAACGUGAUCAGGAAACAAGCGCAACGAUCCAACAAAUGGAAUUACAUUUUCAAAAAGAAACGGAAAGAUUAAAAGAGCAACACGAAAUUGCUAAGAAAAAUUUUGAAGAAUCCUUGAGAAAAGAGUGGCUCGCGUGGUCAGAUGAUUAUAAAAAACAACAAAAUGCGAAAUUCACGAGAGCAGAGGCUGUAAUUCGUAAUGAUUGUCAAAAGGAAAGAGACAGGCAUAUAGAGAUUGCUAUAGUUAGAUUGGAAAAGGAAGCUCGCGAAAUGCGAAUUAAGUUGCAGCAGAGUUUCGAUAAUAAAUUGGAACUAAUGAAAGAAGAUUAUGAUGUAAAAUUACAAACCGCAAUUAAAAGCGAGAAUAUUUAUAAAAAUAAAUUACUAUUACUGGAAGAAAGACUUAAAUGUACAGAAACUCAAUUUAAGAAAACAGAAAAUAAAUUAAAGGAGUGCAUGUUUAAUCUCAAUAAUAUGAACGAGACGGUCACAAAGUUGACUAUAGAGAGAGACGAUGCAAAGGAAAUAGCGAAGCAGGAAAUCGAAAUAGAGAAAAGGGAGUUGGAAGAAAAAAUUUCGUCACUUUAUCAAGAAAUAACACAAAGAAAUAACAUUAAUAGAGAUCAAUUUAUGACACAAUUGCAUAGCAGGAUAAAACUUGUAGUUACUCAAAAAGUUCUAACUAUAAAGAAUCUCAAUAAAAAGCUUGAGGAUGUUAAUUCAAGAUGUGAACACUUGGAAAAGUUGUUGGACCAACAAAGGAAAGAAUAUAUUUUGAAAUCUUUGUAAAUAGCUUAUAUAAUUUAUAAGAUCGUA